CUUUAAAGGUGACUCAGCUGUCUGGUGCUCAUCAGCCCUUGUUGUAGGGAGGUUAUUUUUACCGCGCUCUUCGGCUCUCAAGUGUCACCCAGCAGCCCUGGCUGCGGGCGGUCUGAUUAAAGCUGCCCUGUCAGACCCUGCUGCGAAGGCACUAAUUGCGUUAUGUGCUUAACAAGUUUUGUUGGUUCUUGUGGAAGGGGAAUCAACGUAGUGCAGCCCUUCCUUCGGGUUUCUGCUCAGGAUUCAGAAGGAGGUCUCUAUGUGUGCAUGAACACGUUUCUGGGAUUUGGAAGGGAACACAUUGAAAGGCAUUACCGGAAAACAGGACAGUGUGUGUAUUUGCAUCUGAAACGACAUGUGAUAGAGAAGGUACCAGGGGCAUCUGGUGGAGCUUUACCAAAAAGGAGGAAUGCUAAGCUAUUUUUAGAUGCAACAAAGUCCCAGUGUAGCUGUAACUGUUCUGUAACUUCGUGGGAAGGGUUAUUUACAUUUUUAGGGGUUUGUUACACAGAUCUAGAAGCAAAUGGUGAUCUGAGCAGUGAUGACUUUGAAUAUGAAGAUGAAGCAAAACUCGUUAUAUUUCCUGAUCACUAUGAAAUCUCAUUACCAAACAUAGAAGAGUUACCAGCACUGGUGACAAUAGCUUCUGAUGCACUCCUCAGUGCAAAAUCACCCUACAGGAAGCAGGACCCUGACUCCUGGGAAGAAGAGCUACAGGCAUCUAAGCAUGCCAAAUCGCUUGUGCAGUUAGACAAUGGUGUUAGAAUUCCCCCCAGUGGUUGGAAGUGCUCAAAAUGUGAUCUUCGGGAGAAUCUGUGGCUAAACCUGACAGAUGGUUCAGUGUUGUGUGGGAAGUGGUUCUUUGAUGGUAGUGGAGGGAAUGGCCACGCAAUGGAGCACUACAAGGAGACGGGUUAUCCCCUGGCAGUGAAGUUGGGAACCAUCACUCCUGAUGGAGCAGAUGUCUAUUCCUUUGAUGAAGAGGAGCCGGUGUUAGAUCCACAUAUAGCAAAGCAUCUGGCACACUUUGGGAUUGAUAUGCUGCAGAUGCAAGUGGCAGAGAAUGGGCUAAGAGAUAAUGAUAUAAAACCAAGAGUCUCUGAAUGGGAAGUGAUUCAGGAAGCUGGUGUGAAACUCAAGCCCAUGUAUGGCCCAGGAUAUACCGGCAUGAAGAACCUGGGAAAUAGCUGCUACCUCAAUGCUGUCAUGCAAGCCAUUUUCAGCAUCCCAGAGUUCCAGCGAGCGUACGUAGGAAACCUUCAGAGAAUAUUUGACUACUCCCCGCUUGAUCCAACACAAGAUUUCAACACCCAGAUGGCUAAACUGGGACAUGGCCUCCUUUCAGGCCAGUAUUCUAAACCACCCAUGAAAUCUGAGCUUAUUGAACAGGUGAUGAAAGAAGAACACAAGCCUCAACAAAAUGGAAUAUCUCCCCAGAUGUUUAAGGCUUUUAUAAGUAAAGACCACACAGAAUUUUCCUCUAAUAGACAACAAGAUGCGCAGGAGUUUUUCCUACAUCUUAUAAAUCUAGUAGAGAGGAAUCCUGUAGGUUCAGAAAACCCCAGUGAUGUUUUCCGUUUCCUGGUGGAAGAACGCACACAAUGCUGCCAGUCCAGAAAAGUCCGCUACACUGAGAGGGUGGACUACAUCAUGCAGUUACCUGUUGCCAUGGAGGCAGCAACAAACAAAGAUGAAUUAAUUGCGUAUGAGCUGAAAAGGCGAGAAGCAGAAGCUGCAAGGAGAGCUCCACCAGAACUUGUCCGUGCCAAGAUCCCAUUUAGUGCAUGUUUGCAGGCCUUCUCUGAACCAAGCAAUGUAGAGGACUUCUGGAGCAGUGCCCUUCAAGCAAAAUCUGCAGGAGUUAAGACUUCUCGUUUUGCUUCGUUUCCUCAGUACUUGGUGGUACAGAUAAAGAAGUUCACCUUUGGCCUUGACUGGAUACCCAAAAAGCUUGAUGUUUCGAUAGACAUGCCAGAUUUCCUAGAUAUCAACCACCUUCGAGCCAUGGGUCUCCAGCCAGGAGAAGAGGAACUUCCUGACAUUGCACCUCCCAUUAUCAUUCCUGAAGACCCAAAAGAUCGUAUGGUGAACCAUUUUGUGGAGUCUCUAGAUAUUGAUGAGUCUUCGGUUAUGCAACUGGCAGAGAUGGGUUUUCCUUUGGAAGCAUGUCGGAAAGCUGUGUACUAUACAGGCAACCUGGGUGCUGAAGUGGCUUUCAACUGGAUCAUUGCACACAUGGAAGAGCCAGACUUUGCUGAACCAUUGGUUGUACCUGUGUUUGGAGGAACUGCUUCCAGUGGUGUGGCUGGCUUUGGGGCUGUUGGAUUGGAUAAUCAACCUCCCGAAGAGAUGGUCUCCAUCAUCAUUUCCAUGGGCUUCCAAAGGAGCCUAGCAAUUCAAGCUCUGAAGGCAACAAACAAUAACUUGGAGCGUGCAUUGGAAUGGAUCUUCAACCACCCUGAAUUAGAGGAGGAAGAUGGGGAGCCUGCUUUGAGCAUGAUGGAUUUGGAGAACCAUACUAAUGCAAAUAUCCUUGCAGAGGCAAGAUCAGAGGGACCCAGGAUCAAAGACGGGCCUGGAAGGUAUGAGCUGUUUGGGUUCAUCAGCCACAUGGGAACAUCCACAAUGAGUGGUCACUACGUUUGUCAUCUCAAAAAAGAAGGAAGAUGGGUGAUCUACAAUGACCUUAGAGUCUGUGCCUCAGAACGACCUCCCAAAGACCUGGGCUAUAUUUAUUUUUACCACAGGAUACCAAGUUAGGCCUCAAAUGUAUUAGCUGGCCUUAAGAAGCCAUAAGCCUUUUAACCUGCCAAAAAAAAAGCAUCCAAGGAAAAAAAAAAAAUUCAACAGAAGACCCCUAGCCCUUGGACUACCAAAAAGCAAAGGAAAACAUGGGAUGUUUAUAGUUAAUUUAAGAAGUCAUUUGAUGCCUUCUUAAGUGUUAGAGGGAAAAUUUCUAUCAGGUGAUGUAUAGUACCUUGUUUUAAAUUUAUACGCCAUAAAGGAUACCUUAAGACCAUGCAGAUUACUGGUGGAGUUUGCAGCUAGUAUGUGGAGAAAACAGAAGUUUCAGAAUGGGACAAAACCAAACCAGUUCGGCCCAAUUCCUGCGUCUUCAGUCCACACAUCUGUUGAAGACCAUGAAGACACAUUUGCAUCUUUGGUAACUAGGAGCCACUGUUUUCAACCAUAUUCCAGACGACUUAGGGAAAUCGUAUCACGUUAAAAGUUGGAGGGAAGGGAUCUAUUCUACAAAGCAGAAUGUCUUAUUUGAGAUUAUUUUCAUUACAGUGAGAAAAGCCAGCUACAGUUGUAGCUGUUGGAAUUCAGUGUUACAGUGUUUUGGUUUGUGUUGUUGAUCCAUAAGCCUAAGAAAUCAAUGGAGAUGUGAGUGCCCUGUACGUUUCUGCCAAAGAGAGGAUUUUAUUUUUACAGAGGUAGGUCUCUCCAUCAUCUCUAGACUGUUUGUUUUGCAAAGUUUUCCAACAGAUUCAAGAUUACAGGUUGCUAAAAAAAAAAAAAAAAAGGACAGGUUUUUUUUUUAACCGUAAAAUUAAAUAGUGUGCUCUCAGGAAAAGUAAGCCUAUCAGUUUUUCUUUGUUUUUCUUAUGAAGGAGUUAAUGUCCCAUUCUUAUUUCUGAAAAAAAAA